AUGACGGUCGUCGAAGGGGAGAGAAGGGAUGAUUCUUUGUGGGGCACGAUCGUGAAGUGCGACGAUAUUUGUUUCACUCAUAUUUUACCGAGAUUGAAUCGAGCGGAUCUCAAACUCUUGUACGAGGUGAACAGUGAAACGAGAGCUUUGAUUAAGAGAUCGUCUCGCAAGGGGGAGUUGGAAGAGGGGUUUAAAGUCAAAGAGAUGUCGUCGAUAUCGACGUUGGAAGUUGCGUGGGAGCAUAAAUCGUUGUGGCCGAGAUGGUUGGACGAAAUAUGGUUCUGCAUUCGAGUUGCUCUAACGAAUAAACUCGAGUUGCUCAAGUGGAUACGAGAGGAGAAAAAGUGUGAGUGGGGUGGAGGGACGAUUAAUGCGGCCGCACGUCAAGGUAAUCUAGAUAUGGUAAAGUAUUGCGUUGCAAAUGAGUGUCCUAUCGAUGUGGAGGCGUGUGCAUGUGCUGCCCGAUACGGUCAUCUCGAGUGCCUCAAAUACUUACGCCAAGAAGCCAAAGCGCCUUGGGAUUCGAGUACUGCCUCACGGGCGGCUGAAAAUGGUCAUCUCCACAUACUCGAAUAUCUUGUCGAGCGUAAAUUUGAUCAAUAUAGCAAAUAUGCGUGUCGAAAUGCAGCCGAGAACGGUCACUUGGACUGUUUGCAGUACUUACACGAAACCGCCAAAGCGCCUUGGGACUAUUUGGCCGUACGAGUAGCGCACGAGAACAAACACCCCGAAUGUGUACAAUACCUCCUCGACAACGACUGCCCAUUACCAGAUGGUUGGCGAUACGAACAUGGAGAGCUACACACGAUUUAA